GGGUUUGCCUUCUCUGACUCCUAUAUCCUGAGGCAGAAUAUAAAUCAAAACCGAAAGCAUAGUACCUAACGGCCGGACUCACGAUGACAUUCUAAGGGUUAGUGAACGUGGCUCGGCAGAUGUAUAAUGAUCGGCGGCUAAAGCCACUUCCCUUAUCCCUUGGCGAGAUCUCCGUCUUAAACAGCGGUGCUGUCUACGCUCAGAGGCAGCUCAGGUGCCUCCAGCAGUCAGAAAAAAACUGCUUAUGUAAAAAUGAAUCAAGUUAAGAAUGAACACCAGAGAACUGCUGUGGUAGAGUGUGCUUCAUGUCAUGUUGGCUUUCUGUUUAAAAAAACAGUAGGCUGGCAAUUUUAAAGGGACAGCAACAAAGUGAUGACCAGGUGCCAAGUGCCAGCUGCCCUUAUUCACCAGAUUGAACAAGAACUGGAUGAAGAAGAAGAAGAGAUGAUGAUUUUUCUGUGCCGAGACCUUGCUCCUGACUUGGCCAAUGCUGACCUUAGAGAGCUUUUGGUGGCUUUGAAUGAGAGGGAGAAAUUGUCUUUGCUUGGCUUGUCUGAGUUGUUGUAUAGAGUUAAGAGGUUUGACUUGCUGAGGAGGAUCUUGAAGACUGAGAAGGCAACCGUGGAAGCUGACCUUUCUAGGAGCCUCAGACUUGUCGCUGAUUACAGGGUACUAAUGGUGGAGAUUAAUGAGAAUCUGGAAAAAGAAGAAGUGGGUUCUCUUAUUUUUCUGCUCAGAGAUUAUGCACCUCGUAUGAAAAUGGCAAAAGAUAAGAGUUUUCUAGCUCUUGUGAUUGACCUGGAGAAACUAAAUUUGGUAGCUCCUGAUCAACUGGAUCUGAUAGAAAAUUGUUUUCGAAGCAUUCACAGGAUAGACCUGAUUAACAAGAUUCAGAAGUACAAACAUGAAGCUGUAAUGUAUUCUGCUCAUUCUCAGCCAGUAUAUGUCAACGCACUUCAGGCAUCUCUCCCUAAUCUCAGUCUGAUUGAUCCUCCUUAUCAUUCAGGGAUCCAGAAUGUGAACAAAGAAAAAUCAAAAAAUGGACAAAGUCGUAUUCUGGCAGAACCAGUCCACAUGUCCAUUCAGGAAUCAGGACCAGCAUCAUAUGAGGUGUUUGAUGAUAAGUACAGAAUGCAAAGUCAGCCUCUAGGAAUAUGCCUGAUAAUAGACUGUAUUGGGAACAGUGCAGAUAUGCUGGAAAAGACCUUCAGAUGCUUAGGCUAUGACGUUCAUUGUCACAGAUAUUUAAAUACGAAGAACAUGAAUCAAACACUGAUUGAAGUUGCAAGGUUGCAGAAGCAUAGAAACUGUGACAGCUUCAUUUGCGUGUUGGUCAGCUGUGGAAAUUCUAAGAGCAUCUUCUGUACAGACCAUACUUUUUCUGGAUUCCCUUUGGAACAAGUAAAGGUAUACUUCACAGCAGACUCAUGUCCUGAACUCAUAGGAAAACCGAAGCUUUUUUUUAUCCAGAACUACAUUGUGCCAGACAAUGAGCAAGAAUGUACUAGUUUGUUGGAAGUAGAUGGGAAUAAUGAGAACUUCUUAGCUCAUGCAGAAACCCCAUGGAAAGUCACUAUUCCCCAAGUAGCAGACAUCUUUUGGAGUCACUGCAAGGUGAACGUGUCUACACUAGAAAAGUCUUCAAAUUCAUCCUCAUAUUAUCUGCGUUGCCUGGCUGAGCUACUCUGCAGUCCUCAUAAAAGGAAGCUCUCUAUAUUGGAUAUCCAUACGGAACUGAACAGAAGAGUCUAUGAAUGGAAUAAGACUGCUGACCCAAGCCAACAAUAUUCACUUCUGCUCCAGCACACACUGAGGAAGAAACUUUUUCUUUCUGCCACUUAACUGCUGUUGAAAAGUAUAUCUCUGAGGUGGCUAAUGAGAAACACUUAAGAUCCAGACAGUCCUCACACAUGCUGUUACUUUAUGCAUUGUUACUGCAUGUAUGUCUAAAGUGCCUGAUGCUUCCAACUCCAGAGAUUCAGAAGCAUUUCAGUGUGUUAAGGCACUAGAUUUAUAAUCUAAUACAGAAGGUUCUUAAAGCUUGGAGGAGAAUGGUGGCUAUCAUUUAGCACUGCCACAGAUCUUUCAACAUAUACAACAGGUAAACAGGUUGGAAGGAGCUCUAAACUGUAGACCUGUUGGUUUCCCAGGGUUUUGUGUAUUAUUUCAUUGGUUCUUUUCAGCAUACCUAUUAGCAGUGCACUGAUCUAGGUUCUUCUGUUGAUGCUUAAAACAAAUACAAGCCAGUGCAGGCUGCUGAAAAGCACUGGGUACUCUCCCCAGCACCUAAUAAUGGAAAACGCGUUGGGAAAGAAUCCCUACCCAGCAAUGCCAGUUCUUCAUGAACAAGUUUUGGCUUGCAUGCCCCCACAGACUAGCAUAACAGAAGGAGAAGAGAGAUGGUCUUUUAAAUAAUUUGUAUUCCAUCUGCUUGCUGCAUUAAAGGUGACUCACUCAGGACUACUGUCAGUACUAUCCACAGCACACAAGGGUUCUGUUCUAUGUUAAUAAAUGAGACGGUCUGCCAUGUUGUGGGCUAGCUAUGUUUUUUGGUGAUGCAGAAAUGAGUUUACAUGUGGCAGGACUUUACAGUAAUCUACCACACAGUUAAAAAAUGUGGGAUUUUGGCAGGAAUUGUGGAAGCUGAAACAUGAUUCACACUUGUUGACCAGGUAUAGUUGUAAAAGUCCACUCUAUCAUAUUUGAACCUGUGUUGUGUGCAGCCACUUGCUGUUAUAAGUGAAUUAAACACCACACCCUCACCGCUUUUGCUCAUGAAAAAGGGUAUGUCUUUCUUCAUUGAUUCUUUUAUUUUUUUUUUCCUCCAAGUUGCUCAUUUCCUUCUGAAAAAGGCAUGAUUGAAAACUAUAAAUACAGAAUUUUUUCUCCAGUGGAGCAGAUGCCUGACACAAGUUAGUUAACCUGCUUGUUAUAUAACAGUAUAACCUCAAUGAGCUGUAUUAAAACUUAAUUUCACUGAAUUUAUGGCUUUCUCUUUCCUCCUAAAGUAGACCAUUUGACAACUUUUAAUACUCCUAAUGCAGUGUCUUGUCCAGGAAAAAAAAUAAAGGCCUUGGCAUGCCUUGCUUGGUUUCUUGUGUAGUCACACCGUACAUCCUUCUGGCAUGCGUUUCAUGCCAGCAGAAUGGGGGUUUUGCUAAUGCAGGAUAUACUAGUUCCUUGAGCAAAUAUACUGCAAAAAGAUUUUUUUUUGCUAGUAGCUGCAUUUAAUUUGAGCAAAAAACAAGUGUGCUUUUGUAUGUAACUUCACCAACAAUACUUCUAAUUGUAGACCAAGUCUAUCAGGCAGCUAGCUUAUUGAUAGAAUACAUUGUACAUUGUAUACUAUCAGUAUAUGUCAGUAUAUUGAGAAUAAUUAGGAGUGCUUGGCCAGUAAAUUUACUCCAAUAACAGUAAUUUUUUUUUUAUUCCUUGAUAUUAUGUUGUACUUAGAUGUUGGCUUUACAUAGAAUUAUGUCAGUUUUAUCAACUUUCUUUUAAAACCAUGUUUCUUAAGUUUCAUUCAGGAAAAAAAAAACAACAACCCACAAAUGUGUUUUCAAGUAGCCACUAUAAUUGAAAUUAAAAAUCUUUUUUAUGUGGCAAAGAGUAGAUAUCAAAAUUUAAAAAGUGCUUAGGAGCCCUUCCUUAUUAUGCGAUGUAGAGCCAGAUUAAGAGCAUACAAGGAGGAGAAACCCACUGAACAGGUUUUACCUUACAAUCUUUUAACUAUCCACAUAAAAUGUUACUAUUAAAAUAUAUAUUUAUUUAUAUUAAUGUACUAUUUUGUAUUACAUAUGAAGUACAUAUUAUUUUGAUUAAAAAUUCAGCUCUUUUUAUUUUGUAUUUUAUUUGCAUGUUAACUCUAGGAAGUUACAUACACAGUUGUGAGGAAAAGAAAUUUUUGCACAAUUUAGAAAAGCAACUCACCUGUAUUGCAAGCCUAUGCGUUCCAUACUUUUUCCACUUAGUAAGCGAUAGUGUCCUCUUUAAAAAAGUUUCUGUAUACUUUUGUUACAGCUUUGAACUGGGAAAUGUAGACCAAAAAUUCAUGUUAUCAAUGUGUUAUUUGUGUAACUGAAAUUUUAUGUAGGCACAGGCAUAGGAGGAAAAACAGAAAAGAAUUUUUUGGAAAAUUCAGACAUUCUGUAAAAGCUUGUUCCCUAUGAACAUUAAAGCAAAAAUAUUAAAUCCGAUUGCAUUAAGUUUUAGGUGUGGAAAUAAACGCAUCAUAGUGGGACAGGAAGAGGGGUCAGGUCUUUUUUCCAUUUUAUUGUUUUCUAAGAAAGGGCCCAUUGAACUGGUCUUUUCCUUAAACUGGUGCAAUCUUGCUUCUGGCUUUAAAAAUACUUGUGUCUUAAAACUACAUUCAUAUAUAUUCCACACACUAAAGUAGAGAACUUACUGCACUGCAUCAACAGAACGGUCUAUAUUAUAUGUGAUAGGUAAUAAAAAUAACAUUAAUUUCUAACCCUGAAUAGUUAAUAACUUAGAUAUGUAAUAACAUUAUCGUAGAAUAAGGAACAAAUUAAUUUUGAAACUAUACCUUGCUAAUUUUUCAUAGGGUGAGAGAAGGAUUAUAAAAUGACAGGUUUGGACUCUUAGAAGUUACUUCCUGGAGUGGCUGGCAAAUGAAGCUAAUGGUGAAACAAGUAUUUCCUGUGGUUGUAGAAGUAAGAUAGGAUUCCUAGUUACCAUAUGUAGCAAUGUGAUGUUAAUAAAUGUGGUGUCUUUCAUAAAUUAA